AUGUUACCAAUCAGUGACACCAAGCGCAAAGGGUACCAGCGAAACACGAGCCUCCCCACCCAUGAUUCCGACCACAACAACCUUGCCGCCUUUUCCCACACUGGCCAAGGCGAACUCGGCAGUUGCCUUGUUGCCAACAAAGUCAAUAGUUCCGACGAAAUGGCGCCCAGCAACUGCCAAGGCUUGCUUAAUAGGACAUCAUGGAAGGCCUCCCCAGCUAUUGCUGCCGGAAACACCUUUAUUCUGAAGUCUAGCGAGAAGACACCGAUUGCUCUCUACCAAUAUGGACAGCUUUUCAAUCAGGCUGGCUUUCCCCCCGGUGUGAUCAAUGUCCUUGCAGGCGCCAGCCAGGUUGGCGCUCUACUUGCCAGCAAUAUGGACAUUGCCAAAAUUGCAUUCACUGGUUCUGUCGUUAGCCAAGACUGA